ACCUAAUCCCCAAGAAUCCCAACAGGUUAGUUAUUACAACACGUGUAGACAAGUUUACAAGCAAAAAUACGGUGAAAAAUUAGUGAAGUUCGUCGAAAAUGGUAGUUAUACAGCGUGUGGUUAAAGCAACCACACGUAAAGGUAAGAAAGUCCUCAUCAAGAAAGAGCCACAAGUGAACGAAGGUCCCAAAAGAGCCCUCUUCUUGCAAGGCCGGCGCUCCUCGGAUAAGCUCCGCCGCUUAACUAAAGACCUCUUUGAUAUCAAAAAGCCUGAUGCCCAACUCUUGAAUAAGAAAAAUGACAUAACCAUCUUCGAAGAUGCCACCCCAGUGGAAAGAUUUUGUAGAAAAUUUGAAACGCCGUUGUUUGUUAUGAGUUCACAUAGUAAAAAGAGACCGGAUAAUCUAGUCAUUGGUAGGAUGUACAAUUAUAGUUUGUUGGAUAUGAUCGAGUUGCAUGUGGAGAAUAUCGAAUGUAUGAGGGAAUUUGCCUGUCAGAAGAUAGUGUUGGGGACGAAGCCGUCGUUGGUAUUCAAUGGCCCCACAUGGGAAGAGACUGAGGAGUUGAAACACUUGAAGAGUCUGUUUAUUGAUAUUUUUCAUCGGGAGGAGGUUGAAUCAGUCAGGCUUCAAGGGCUUGAACACACUAUUAGUUUUACGGCCACACCAGAGGGGAAGAUUUUGAUUAGGUCUUUCAAUGUGCUGAUGAAGAAGUCGGGGACGAGGGUGCCGCGGCUGGAACUGGAAGAAAUGGGUCCCAGGAUAGACCUCACCCUCCGACGCAGCAAACUCCCUAGUGAAGACCUGAUGAAAGAAGCCCUUCGCAAACCUAAAGAACUUAAAGUCACUAAAAAGAAGAACAUCAGUGUGGACGGCUUAGGAACAACCCACGGCCGCAUCCACGUUGGUAAACAAGAAAUCCAGAAAAUACAAACACGUAAAAUGAAAGGUCUGAAAAAGACGCCUGAAGAGAUAAAAAUGAAGAGAGCAGCGAAGCGCUCAGCUGAUAAUAAUAAUGUAAAUAAAAUCAAAAAACAGAAACUGGGAUGAGGGGCUAAAUGCAAUCCUUGUUAAGUUUUGUAUAAAUUUUUAUGUUUAGGUUAAGUUUAUGUUGUAUCUAUAAUUAAGUCCUUUUUUAUUUAAGAAUAAACUUUUUUAAGUACAGGGUUCUUGCAAGAGAGCCUAGUUUACGUAGUCAAAUUGUCAUUUGACUGGGCUAAAUUAUGUAAGUACGGUUCUGUUCAAUAUGGCGCAGACGUGUUGUUGGUUGCCUAAGAACCAUUUUCUGAAUACAAAAUAUUCAAUGAGGAAA